CUCGCCCGCGGGAGCAGAGAGUGGGACAAUUCCCAACCCCCACCCCAAACAACACCACUUGGAGACUUCUUCUUCUUCGGCGCGUCCCCGCCGCCCCCCGGUCCCGACGCGGGGCUCGGGGAUGCCCGCCAGCAUGUUCAGCAUCGACAACAUCCUGGCCGCCCGGCCGCGCUGCAAAGACGCGGUGCUCCCGGUGGCGCCCAGCGCCGCGGCUCCGGUGGUCUUCCCGGCUCUACACGGGGACUCGCUCUACGGCGCCGGCGGCGGCACCUCCUCGGACUACGGCGCCUUCUACCCGCGCCCUGUGGCCCCCGGAGGCGCGGGCCUCCCGGCCGCGGUCGGCAGCUCCCGCCUGGGCUACAACAGCUACUUCUACGGGCAGCUGCACGUGCAGGCGGCGCCCGUGGGCCCGGCUUGCUGCGGGGCUGUGCCGCCGCUGGGCGCCCAGCAGUGCUCCUGCGUCCCGACGCCCCCAGGCUACGAGGGCCCCGGUUCUGUACUGGUGUCUCCGGUGCCGCACCAGAUGCUGCCCUACAUGAACGUGGGCACGCUGUCGCGCACUGAGCUGCAGCUGCUCAACCAGCUGCACUGUCGGCGGAAGCGGCGGCACCGCACCAUCUUCACCGAUGAGCAGCUCGAAGCCCUGGAGAACCUCUUCCAGGAGACGAAGUACCCAGACGUGGGCACUCGGGAGCAGCUGGCCAGGAAGGUGCACCUUCGGGAGGAGAAGGUGGAGGUCUGGUUUAAGAACCGCCGAGCCAAGUGGAGACGACAGAAGCGAUCCUCCUCGGAGGAGUCAGAAAACGCCGAGAAGUGGAACAAGACGUCCUCAAAAGCCUCGCCGGAGAAGAGGGAAGAGGAAGGUAAAAGCGAUUUGGACUCGGACAGCUGACGGCCGCGGCCGCGGGCCGGCCGGGGCGCUUGCCUGACGCAAGGACUUGCACAGACAGUCGAUGCUACUUGCACACACCCUGCCUUGCGGGAGGGGGUCGAGAAAGCAACGAGGAGCUAGCUGUAAAUAAUGUACAGGCCCAGGACUGCUGGGGACAGGCGCGUGGGGACCGCAGCCCCACUGUCCCGGGCUGCCUGCGUGAGCCUCGUCCCCCACCGUAGUAUUUAUAGUUAAGUUAACGGUGACAAUACAAUAAAGUGAUGGCAAUGUAGACCAGCCAUG